AUGUAUAUAAAAAAAUACUUUCCUACUUUCCUUUGCUCCCCCUCCCUACCAUCUUUUCCUCCCCUCCCUACCAUCCUUUCCUCCCCCUCCCUACCAUCCUUUCCUCCCCUCCCUACCUUCCUUUCCUUUCCUCCCCUCCCUACCUUCCUUUCCUUUCCUCCCCUACCUUCCUUUCCUUUCCUCCCCCCUACCUUCCUUUCCUUUCCUCCCCUACCUUCCUUUCUUUUCCUCCCCUCCCUACCUUCCUUUCCUUUCCUCCCCUCCCUACCUUCCUUUCCUUUUCCUCCCCUCCCUACCUUCCUUUCCUUUUCCUCCCUCCCUACCUUCCUUUUCCUUUCCUCCCUCCCUACUUUCAAUUCCUACUUUCCUUUCCUUUUCUUUCCUCCCUCCCCUACUUUCUUUCCUCCCCUCCCUAAUUUCCUUUCCUCCCCUCCCAUCCUCUCCCUAAUUUCCUUUCCUCCCCCCCCACCCUCCUUUCCUUUCCUUUCUUUUCCUUUCCUCCCUCCCCUACUUUUCUUUCCUCCUCCCCUCCUUUACUUUCCUCCCCUCCGUACUUUCCCUUUCCUCCCCUCCCUAAUUUCCUUUUCUUUCCUCCCUACUUUUCUUUCCUCCCUACUUUUCUUUCCUCCCUACUUUUCUUUCCUCCCCACUUUCCUUUCCUCCCCUCCCCACUUUACUUUCCUUUCCUCCCCUCCCCACUUUACUUUCCUUUCCUCCCCUCCCCACUUUACUUUCCUUUCCAUUUCCUUCAUUUGGUCUUAUGCCAUAUUAAGCUUAGUAAAUAUUAAUAAAAAAUAG